AUGACCAGUCCCCCUGUCGAACUACCUCUUAGCCAGGCUGCCAGAAGCGCAGCUGCUCUGAGAUCGUCCAAUAUUGACGCCAGUAUUAGUAGCAUAGUUGCAAAUUACAGUAAUGUUUGGAGUCCAUCUUCCUGGCAGUCAAAGCCAAUGAAGCAGAACGUUACCUACGACAACCAAAAAGCUGUCGAGAAAGCCCUUCAAAAGCUGGAAUCUUUACCUCCCCUUGUGACACCAUCGGAGAUCGUGAAACUACGUAAUUCGUUGAAAGAAGUUGCUCUUGGCAAAGCGUUCCUUUUGCAAGGAGGCGAUUGCGCCGAAUUAUUUGAUUAUUGCUCGGAUGGACCAAUUGAUUCUAAGAUUAAACUUCUCCUUCAGAUGAGUUUGGUAUUGAUAUGGGGUGGUAAUAUCCCCGUGGUACGCAUUGCCAGAAUGGCUGGACAGUUCGCCAAGCCGAGAUCUAGCAUGACCGAGGUAGUUGAUGGGAAAGAGAUACCAUCUUUCCGUGGUGAUAAUAUUAAUGGGUUUGACCCAGCAGACAGGACUCCUAAUCCAGAGCGUCUAGUAACCGCUUAUUUUCAUUCCGCGGCUACCCUGAACUACGUCCGCGCCCAAUUGGCUUCUGGCUUUGCUGAUCUACACCGUCCUUUUGAAUGGACCCUUAACCAUGUUCAAAACGACCAGACUAAGCAGCUGUAUCAGAAAAUCGUAGACUCAAUCACUGAGACUAUACGUUUUAUGACCACUAUCGGAGCAGACAGAGCACACAGUCUCGGAACCGUUGAUUUGUAUACCUCACACGAAGGACUCCACCUUGAGUAUGAGCAGAGCUUGACUAGAUCUCUGAAGGAUCCUGUGGAUGGGAAGAAUAAAUGGUUCAAUACAUCCGCUCAUUUUAUCUGGAUUGGAGAUCGCACUAGACAGCUUGAUGGUUCUCAUGUUGAGUAUUUCCGCGGUAUCGAGAAUCCCAUUGGUAUCAAGGUCGGCCCUACAAUGAAAAAUGAUGAGCUUGUUGCUUUGCUUGAUAUUGUCAACCCUAGCAAGGAGAUUGGCAAAGUGACUCUAAUUACCAGAUAUGGAAAAGAUAAAAUUCACGACCUAUUGCCAGGGCAUAUCAAGGGUAUUCAGGGCUCAGGACAUGUCGUUAUUUGGCAAUGCGAUCCCAUGCAUGGAAACACUCAUUCAUCAACUAUCGGAGUAAAGACUCGCCAAUUCUCGUCUAUAAUGGCAGAGCUUUCUGCCGCCCAUGCCAUCCAUAAGGAACAUGGUACUCACCUUGGUGGUGUACACCUCGAACUAACCGGAGACGCCGUUACCGAGUGUGUUGGUGGCUCUGAGUGUCUCACGGAUGAAGAUCUCUCUUUGAACUAUACUACUUAUUGCGAUCCUAGACUCAAUAACAAGCAAGCUCUCGAGGCUGCUUUCCUUAUUGCCGGAUGGUAUAGAGAACGCUCUUGA